GGGCGCGGCGCCGCUCACCCAUCCCCCCCGAGCGCGCGGCUGGGCGGCCGGCCGGCGGCCGCGGAAGAUGCGGAGGGGCGGCGGCGCGGGCCCUACCCAGCCCGGGCGGCGGGGCGGGCGCCGCCCGAGGGGGUAGGGCGCGCGCGGGGGCGCGCCGGGCCGGGGAGGCGCGCUCCGGCCGCGCUCGCUCCGCGCUCCCUCAGCUGGUUCGCUCGCUCGCUCCCUCCUCCCUCGGCAGCCGCGGCGGCAGCAGGAGAAGGCGGCGGCGGCGGCUGGGGAUCAGACAUGGCGGCGGAUCUGAACCUGGAGUGGAUCUGCUCCCUGCCCCGCUCCUGGACUUACGGGAUCACCCGGGGCGGCCGAGUCUUCUUCAUCAACGAGGAGGCGAAGAGCACCACCUGGCUGCACCCCGUCACCGGCGAGGCCGUGGUCACCGGGCACCGGCGGCAGAGCACAGAUUUGCCUACUGGCUGGGAAGAAGCAUAUACUUUUGAAGGUGCAAGAUACUAUAUAAAAUUAUCACAAUUCAAACUAUGAGUGAAGAUGGAACAUAGCUGCCACGAGAAUGUGAGAAUAUAUUGCAAUAUAGUUGAUAUUUUAAAUUGUUUGGUAUAAUAGUACUAUAAUAUUAUAAUUAGACAUAGCAACACAAUGUUUCAGAACAAUUCCUGGAUGUUGUACAUCUUUUUUGUAUUCAUAACAGAGUUUUUGGAAUAAGUAAUCCUUUUUUUAAAAAAUUUUAAAUUUUAUUUAUUUAUUUUGUUGUGCUGGGUCAGCAGGCGGGCUCCUUAGUUGUGGCAUGCAAACUCUUAGUUGUGGUAUGCGUGUGUGAUCUAGUUCCCUGACCAGGGAUCGAACCCAGGCCUCCUGUAUUGGGAGCGUGGAGUCUUAACCACUGGGCCACCAGGGAAGUCCCAGAAUAAGUAAUCCUUACAUGUGUAAAGCACUUCAUGCUGAUUCGAUAGGUACAGCAUAACAAUUGAACUAUGACUUCAACCUUCAAGGAGUUUGUAGUAUAGAGAAAAGCAUGCAGUGUAUUAAAAAAGGGAGAUGGUGUGGGCCCCAUGAACUUGGUUAGUGUGAGGCACUUCAACACAGCAUUCAGUGAAUUUAAUCCUCACAGUAGCCCCUAGUUUUCUUUUUCUCCCUGCCACAACCCCUUUUUCAGGAUGAAACUGAAGCUUAACGAGGUUAAGGGCCUGUUGUAGGUCAUAUAGUUUCACUAUGAGUCACUAGCAUUCAAAUUAAGGUCUCUGGGCUGAAACCCUUCUAGACCUAAAAAUACAGGGCAGUAUAAACAGAUCCUAUAGUAUGUGUCUCUCCAUAAGUAGGUUGCUUGGGGACAGAAGUAUCAUUUCAGAGAAAUAAGUACAAUGGUUAGGUUAGUGGGCCAACCUACAAAUAGAAGCUUGUUUCACCCCCUAAAAACCUGUUGACUAGUAUUAUUUUAGUAGAACCUUGGAAUUUGGUCCUUCCUUUACAUCCACUGAAGAGUGCUAGACACUGUUCUAGGUGUUUGGUGAUACAACUGAGACCCGGCCUUCCUGGAGCCUACAAUCUAGUAGGAAAAAGAGACGUUAAAACAAAACAUGGAACAAACAUGUAAUUUUAAAAUGGCGUCUUCAUAAAAGAAAAGCAGAGUGUUUUGUGGCAGAUUAGGAAAGUUUACCAUAAAGAACAGUGUUUCAGGAUGAAAUGUGUUUAAGUUUCAAGGGUGGGGUGACAGGAUUUCCACCCUCAGUGAAUUUUAUCUGGAAUCUCAUUGUCCUUUUUAGCCCCAGGAAGGUUGCUCGGGACCAGGCCCACUCAGUGCCUUCUUGUAGUGCCUGCCUAUAGCUUAAUGCCAGCAUCCAAUGAGCCUCUGAGUAAAUGGUGUCUGUACUGAUGAUGCUGGCCUCCACCCUCCCUUGGAGUUAAUCGGGGUAGAACAGAGGAGUCCCCACAACUCAAGUGAUUGCAUUUGGAGAGCCCUUUCUGGAUUUCUCAAAUGAUUUUCCCCUAAUGUUGAUAGACCUCUUUCUUUGUUUUCUUCUUAUUCUCAAAGCUGGUGUAGUUUAGGAAGGGGGAAGAAAUGGGGAGUAGAGAAAGAAUUGGUUGGAAGAGUCAAAGAGUUGGAGGCCUUGAAGACCGGUAGGAUGUAAACAUCCCUGUCUAGGCACCUCUGUCUGUUCUACAAAGACAAGGGGUUUCUCAGCACUUGUGGGCCAAUACUCUCUCCUGGGACCUUUUCAUUUUUCUGUAACAGAUAAUGUAGAAGUUGGGGUUAAUGGUGAAAAUUUACUUGUAUAGAUGUGUAUGCGUAAAUUGGAGUUAAUAUAAAAAAUGAUGCUGGGGCUUCCCUGGUGGCGCAGUGGUUGAGAGUCAGCCUGCCGAUGCAGGGGACGCGGGUUCGUGCCCCGGUCCGGGAAGAUCCCACAUGCCGCGGAGCGGCUGGGCCCGUGAGCCAUGGCCGCUGAGCCUGCGCGUCUGGAGCCUGUGCUCCGCAACGGGAGAGGCCACAACAGUGAGAGACCCACGUACCGCAAAAAAAAAAAAAAAAAAUUGAUGCUGGUUGUCCGUCAGACGGUGUCUUAAGAAGUCAGAGGAGGAAGGAGCUUACUUAGGCCGGGCUGACGUGGAAAGGCUUGAAGGAAGAGGCAGGAGUUGAGCUAAGCCUUAAGGGCAUGGAUGGAAUUCAGAUGGGUUGAGAUAGAUGACUGAUAACAUAAAUUCAUGGGGGUGGGGACAUGUAUAAUAUGUGUGAUGAGUAGUGAUAACUGCCCUGCUGGUGAUUAGAAAAUGCUAGGAUAAUGGGAAGUCAGACGAGGAAUGCUGUUAGGAGUACUGUUUGUUGUUGUGUCUGGUCUUUGAAUAAAAGGCUGAGAUUUUUAUUUCUAGGCAAGCCCACUGCAGGUGUUUUUUGGUAUAGCAUUAAUAGCUUAAAGUGAAGGUUUUAAGGGAGAUUUUAAUAUAGGCAGCUUGGGUUAGAAAGGGGCAAACCUGGAAUCGAGGAGUCCCAUCCUGGGUCUGUCGCUGUAACCUGGGAGUUAGUUGCUGGAACCAACUUGGUAGCAGUGGGAAUGGAAAGGAAGGAGGCCAUUGAUCAAAGAUACUGAAGAGGAGUUGACAGGCCUUGGGAGUCUUGCUGAGCUGGGAGGUUGUCAGAGAAAGAGAGGUCAAAAGUUACACAGAAGCCUUUGUGUCUGAGUGGCUACAAGAAUGAUUGGUACCCUUGACCAGAAUAAGGGAGUAGGUGGUUGGGGGGAGCGCUAGGUGGAGGUGUUAAUGAUGGUUUGGUUUUUGAGCUGCUUAUCUUGAGAGGGCAUAGCAUUUUAGGUGGCUAAAAUCUGGCCUUUCCAAAGGACUCCCAACAUUAUCUUCUAUUCCUCCCUCAUGAAUAAGAAAUACAAACCACCCCCCAUCCCCCCUGCCCCCACAGAAUGCUAUCUCAGCUACCUAAUUAUCUCCAAGCAGUAUGUAGAUCCAAGCCAGGAAUGUCAUAUUCAUCCAUCCAAUUAUUCAUUCAACAAACACUUACUGAGUACUGUGUGCCAAGUGCUUUAGGUUUUAUGAACGAAACAGACAUGGACCUUGCUCUUAAGGAGCUUAUAGUUAAAUUAAGGAGAGAGACAGCAGUAUCAUAAUCACAAACAUAUAGUCGUAGACUGAUAAAUGCGAUGAAGUAUACAUCAUGCUUUGAGCAGAUGUAUUUGUGAGGACUCGGCCCAGUGUGGAAGAGGCCUUUCUCACAAACAUAAGGAAUAACCCUUCCUCUGAAAGCUCAGCUGUGAAACCCCACAGAGUGAUGAGAACAGAGCAGUGCAAAGUCACCUGAAAGAUGAAUUGAUAGCAUCUUGGGCUUGAGAUUGGACCAUAACCUGAGUGAAAGUGUUGCUAUAGCUAAAGAAAGACUUGGGGUGGGGUUGGUGUGAUGUGGAAAUUUAGAAAAAGGAGAAAAGCUGCAGAAGUUACUCUCUACUGUCUAGUAGAGAGCAAGGUUAAGCCAAUUGAUUUUGACUGUUAUUCCAGUCCCAGUGGCAAGGUCUUCCAAUUACUCAAUCUUUCACUGAUGCAUUUUUUCCCUUCACUUUUCUUCAAUACAUUUUGAACUCAUAAUUAUGUGCCUUAGCAAUUAGGUACAAUCAUUAAACAAAAUAGACCAAACAACUUCACCCUUCUGGGGACUGGGAUGGUGGAGGAGAGAAUAUCAGACAAAGAAAAUAUAACUUUUAUGGUAUGUAAGAAUAUAUAAAUGCUGUAGGAAAAAAAUUAGAGCAAGGUGUGUAGGAUCAGGAGAGGAGUGAAGAGGGAUGGGUGUGGGAGAAAAAGACAGUGGAAUCAGAGAAGGAAGAGCCCAGCUGCGUGGCGGCCUCCUUGGUUGAUGUAAUUGGCUGUUACACGGGGAGAUGUGGAGCCGUCGCAGGUCUGAGCAGAGGAGGAGAUGCGUGGUCUGGCUUCGCCCUUUGAAAGGGUCAGUCUGACUGUUGUGUGAAGGUGAGACUUUGGGGGCCUAGUGGAGCCCCUCCAGUGUAAGUUCUCUCCCUCAUCAGAUUCUCUCCUUAUACUUCCUUUUAACACUUAACAGGAUCAUGAUUAAAUAUUUAAUUGUGUAACCCCAUAUUUCCUUUAAGCUGCCAGCGAUUAUCAGUGCCAUUGAUUUAAUAACAGUAACAGCUUUUCAGAGGGGAGAGACAUAACCAUAUUAAAUAAACCCCUUGAUCCUUAAUUCAGAAACAGUAUAUUGAAAAAGCAUGUUUUAAAAUCAAGUCAAUGCUUGCUUAAUACCUGUUUGCCUACACUCCUUAUGGUAGGUAAGCUUCAUGAAAAGCAGCUCAUUCAUUGCUGUGUUUUUAGUCCCUCAGCUUAAACUUUUCUCAUAGUAGUUCCUCAGUAAAUAUUUGUUGAUUGAUGAAUUUUGAUGAUGACACUCAACUUCAUUCCAUGCUAUUCAGAAACCUUGUAAUGUGGCUGUUUGUGAAAUUUAAAUAUUCUCUUUAUGUGACAUCUAUCUGUCCCAAUAUGAAUUAGGAAGUCAGCUGUUUCUCGAGUUUGGCUUAUGUGAUUCUCCUCCAGGAGACAGAUAGGAUCUGCUCAGAGGCCUGAUUAUGGGACCAGAUCCAGGAUCAAGCCAAGAUAAUGCAGGGACCUGUGAGGGCUGUUGGGAGACAGCUGAAUCCCAGACCUUGCCAGUGACCAUGCCAUUUCCAUUUCGAAAUGUUCACAGUUCAGGCUGCUGUGGUUUGGAGAAUGGGGGAGAUAUACUGUCAUCAUUAGUAUGAGUAAAGCAAGUGUAGACCACUGAACUCAGUGGGUCCUAGAGAGGCCUGAGAGAAAUAGAAAUUAGUCCUCACGAGGUACAGGUGACAGACAUUUCAGAGCCACGCAGAGAAUUCCUUGGUUACUUAGAAGUAGCCUCCUAGCUAUUUGGGAAUUAUUCUCUGAAGUGGCCAGUAAUUUCAGAAACACCCAAGAGAAUCCCUCUGGACUGUUAACUCCUUGAAGGCAGAGACUGUGUCAUAUCAUCUUUAUGUUUCCAGCACUUGACACAUAAUAGGCAAUGAGAUGUUUGAAAUGAAGACCUAUUACAGAUUGUAAGAAAAACAAGUCAUUGCCCAAAUCUGAACAUCCCAGGUCACUUUUCUGCUUCUCACUUGUCAUCUAGUCAGGAUUCAUAUUGUUGUAAAUGUCAGUGACCCAAAGCCAACUAUUACAAGCAAAAGCAAACUCUCUUCCCACAUUAGUUCCAGGAGUGACACAAGUGAAUCCUUCAAGACCCUUCCUCACUCACCUUUUUUCACUUUAGAAAGCUUUUCUCCACUUAACCAUAAAAAUGUUUGCCCAUGGCCCCAAAUUACACCCUUUUAGCUUUUUAACCCAAAAGAUAAGGUUUCUUCUCUAUUCCUCAAUAAAAAAAAUCUUAGACAAGGACUUUGACCACCUUGUAUUACAUGCCCAUUGCUGGAGUGAAGACUGGCCCUUUGGUCUUCAGUAAUUUUCUGUCCUUGGCUGAAACCAAGAUUAUUAUCAACCAGCCUUCCAAGAAACAGUGUGAUGAGAGAGGAAGGCCUGGUCACGUAGGAAGUCAGGGUGUGAAAGGCUGCAUGAUCAGAGAUCUCCUGCUUCUCCCUUGU